AACAUUAUGUUCAUAAACACAAAUAGGUAUUACCUACAAUUCUUAACACAAGUUGUUACAUAUUUCUAACCUAAGUAGGUAUUACCGAAAAAUCUUAUACACGGAGUGUCAUCGGAUUUUUAACGAACAUUGACAGUUGACCAAAAUGGCACCUCAUCACUUUAUCUGUUUCCUAGCAUUGGUCUCUCUUAUGAUCACCAAUACUAGUGCACACAAGGCAUGUCACCCUGAUGAUCUCAAGGGUCUCUAUGGCUUCGAAGCUGGCAUACAUUCUGAUACUUCUCGCAGGCUAAGUAAAUGGAAAGGCCAAGAUUGCUGCAAUUGGCCAGGCAUUUCUUGCCACAGUACUACUGGCAGAGUUAAAGAAAUCAAUCUCCCUGGUUACUAUGGAGAUGGUGAUGAUGAAUCUCCAAAAUUUGUGUCAAGCACAAUGAGUGGCUCAAUCUCCUCUUCAAUCUCACUUCUCACUUCACUAGAAAUCCUUAAUCUUAACAAACUAGUUGGAUUAACAGGACCAAUUCCUCAGUCCAUUGGGGUUCUCAAGAAUCUCAAAGAAAUCAAUUUACAUACCAAUAAAAUCUCUGGUCCAAUACCAGAGUGUAUAUUCACAAACUUGACAUCUUUGUCAAUCUUGAAUCUUGGAAAUAAUCUCUUGACAGGGGGAAUAUCAGAGAGUAUAGGAAAUUUACAAGCAUUACAGAGGCUUACUUUGUCAAACAAUUCAUUAACUGGCAAAAUCCCACAUUCAAUUACAAAAAUACGUUCCAUUUUCGGCAUUAACCUAGACAAAAAUCAGCUUGUGGGGGGAAUACAAUGUCCUUCAAGUCCUGGACAAUGGCCUUCAAUCAACUUUUUGGUUCUUGAAAAUAACAGACUCACUGGAAGUAUACCUGAUUCAAUUGGCUAUUUGACAACACUUUCGACACUCUCUCUAUCAUAUAAUCAACUUACAGGACCUAUUCCUUCUGGAUUGGGAAAAAUAAAAAAAUUGCAGACAUUAAAGGUCAAUAACAACCAGUUAUCUCUUGGUCAUCAGUUGUCAAUUUCCUUUUGUGGACUUACUCAGCUUAGUGUUCUAUAUAUUUCUCAAAACAAAAUUCAAGGUCCAUUGCCAGCUUGUCUUUCUUCCUUCAAGUACCUUACGAAUGUUGAUGUAUCAUUCAAACGUUCAACCCCUUUUCCUGGAGCACACAAACAAUAAGUACAGUGACGGAACCAGAAAUUCUGAUUAGGGGAUUCAAGAAUGUCUCACUUGGGAUUCAAACCUAUAUUUCUCUUAUAUUAAGAGGAUUCAACAUGUUAACAUAUCUAAACAAAAAAAAUGUUUUACUUGUAUGUUUGUUGGAUGAAACUCCAACUUGCCAGAAUCACUGGCCAGUAUGAGAUAUCUAGUAAUAUUAACAUUGACAACAUGUACUUUUUCUUGAUCAACAUAAUAUAAAUUAAAGAGUUGUCACUCCA